UAGAAGUAAUUCAAUAAAGAACUAUUAUCUACAACUCUGUAAAAUAAAUAGGUACAUCAAAUCUACAUUCAACCAUUAUAAAUCUCAUGAAAUGCUUUAUGAAAAAAAAUGAAAUAUAGGCAUGCAUUUUUGAAUGAAUUAACUGCAUGAUUAAUUCGGACAGUAAUUGAUUAGUGGUUAAUUAACUAGUUUUCCUUUAUUUCGUGUGAAUAAGCCGAACAUGAAGGUCCAUACAUUAAUAAUUGUAUUAGCUGUUACAAUCGUCAACUGUGCGUACUCCUGGUGGGAUUCGGAAUUCAUAAUUGUCUAUCCUACUGAAAUCCUACGUACGGAUCACCAAGGUCUUCGUAACUCAUUUCAAAAGCUUAGUCGUGCAAAACGUGAAAUGAAGCGAGACCUAGAGACAUCUAAGUAUGUACUAGGAAGAGUAAAGCAAGACCUGCAAUCAAUAAGGUUAUCAUUCACACGAGACUUUGCGAAAAUGGAACAAAAGUUGCAUGAAUGCAGUAGAAUAGAAGUAGAUUCUUCGGCCGCAAACAAGAAGCCACCUGCUUACGAAUACCCUGACACUCCCGAUUAUGAUUACAAUUAUUAGUCGUUUACGUAAGGAUGCUAUAUUAUUACAAAAGUGCCGAUAUUCUAAAAUAAAUCAGAUUUUCAUUAAG